AUGUUGCUUACCUCGGCCGCUCGCCCCGCUGCACACGUCAUCUCCACCACCCUGCAGCGCCGGGCCGCAUCGCAGAUCGCAAUCAAGUAUGCCCAGGCAGCCUAUGGUGCAGCGCUCAAGGUCUCACCGGCGACGCUGAGCAAGGUCCAAACUGACCUGGCUGGUAUCGUCACUCAGCUGCCGCAACAGCCACAGCUGCUCGAUCUGAUUCAAAACCCCACCCUAUCUGCUGGCGACCGCAAGAAGGGGCUGGACCAGCUCUGGGGUACACGCAAGGAUGCGGACAAGAUCACAAAGAACCUACUGGAGGUGAUGAGCGAGAAUGGAAGGCUCGGGGAGCUCGAGGGUGUCUCAGAGGAGUUCAAGGAGCUUGUCAACAAGUACAAGGGAGAGCUUGAGGUCAUCGUCACAAGCGAUAAGCCCCUCACCCCUGAAAUCAUGAAGCGUCUCGAGAACGCGAUGAAGGCGAGCCAGGCAGCGAAGGACUCGAAGACCCUCAAGGUCUCCAACAAGGUGAACCCUGGUAUUCUCGGCGGUCUCAUCGUCGAGUUCGGCGACAAGACGAUUGAUCUCAGCGUAUCUAACCGUGUCAACCGGUUGAACGCGCUCCUCCAAGAAUCUGUAUAG